CGCUUGACGAAGAGAAAAUCAAUCAGCGGUCCGAAACGUACGAAAAAAGAAAGCAGUGUUUUCCGUUGCUUACAAUGUGAGAGGAAAUGGCCGGGACAAGCUCUGACUGGGUGGAAAUCCUCGAGCCACGCUCUCGUGAACACAUGUACGUGAACCUGGCCACUGGUGAGUGCGGCUGGGAUCCCCCACUUGGUGUUCCUGUCCGCCAAGCUGACGGCAACCAGUGGUGGGAGCUGUUUGACCCCCACAGCGGCCGUUUCUACUACUACAACUCUACUGGACGCCGUACUGUCUGGCACAGACCCCAGGGAGGUGAUAUAGUGCCCCUGUCCCAGCUCCAGGCCAUGAAGCGCUGCACCGAAGCAAAGCAGGCUGCAGGGUCCAUGGAGAGUCAGCCACACAGCACCACAGGGAGCAUAGGCAGCGUAGGAAGCCACGGGCGCUGCACCCCAAGGCCUGAGCAGGACAGAGAGACCUCCCUCCCAAGACCCCCAGAGACCACUGAGAAAGAGGCCACCAGCCCUGAGCUUGAGCAAGCGGUUGACAGUAGAUCUCAGGGAGACAGCAGCAGCAUCGAGCGUAGCACAGACAGCAGCAAAGAUCCACAGAGGGAUCCUUCUCAAAGAUGGCAGCCCCCACCUGGGUCUAAGGCUGCUAUGUUGGUGAAGGUGAACAGUAUGAGCCGAAAUCAGCCCAGUACUGUUUUGCAGCAGCAGCAGCUGCACAACAGUACACAAAGCAAGUCCAACACCUUCACACUUUACUCUUCCACCAGCAAGGCCUCAGGAGGACACCCCAACUCCACCCAGGGAUACAAGACUGCCCCUUCUGGCAAGAUGGCCACGGAUGCACGCCAGGCCCACCACUUGAGAAAAGCCAGCAAUGGCAACUUCUGUUUGGUGACAUCAGAAAUUGGUCAUCCCAGCCCACUACUUCACAGGUCCCAGACUAGCACGCCACGCCCUGUCUCACCCCAGUAUGGCUGUACAGCUCCACUCUAUGAUGAUCCAGUGUCAGAGUGCCCCAUAUAUGAUGAGCCCCCAAUAGACAUGGAGGUAGAGGGGGCUCACCUACACAACGGGCCCCAUCUGUCACGCCUGACCCCCACCCACAGUCUACAAAAGCCCAGGCUCCUCCAGCACCCUGCUUCUUUUCAAUCUGGCUCCAGGCACAAACGCAACCCCUCUUCCUCAGACUACAGCCCUGCUGGCCUGGAGUGUAUCAAACACAUGGUCAAUGUGGACCCCAAACAUGGGCAUUUAUCCAGCUCUCCUGUUCCCACACGUACUCCCUCACCUACCUCCAAACAAGAGCCCCUCCUGAUCCCGUCACACCCCCAGCAUCAGGCCUCAUCUCAGCCUCUGCCUCGGGGCCAGCCCAGGGACAGGGAGCUGGGGACCCCGGGCCCAGGUACAUUGGAAAAGAAGCAGACCUGGCGGGCCCUGGAGGCCACCGUACAGCGAGCCAUGGAGGCACGACACAGCAGGCAGAGCAGCCAAGCCUCACAGGACUUCCCCACCUCAGUCCCGCAGGCCACAGCAACCUAUCAGGACUCUGGGUACUCCACAGGCCCCUCCCCCAGCCUCAGGAGGAAGAGCAGGAGACGAGUAGGUGCUGGUGGUGGGGCAGGAGGCAGGCCAGGGUCUGUGGGCAGUAGCGGGGAGCUCUGCGCCCUCAACGAGAGGCUGAUGGCAGAGAUGAGGGAGGUGGUGAGUCGUUCCAACACUAUGCGGGAGGUCAGAGCAGGGCUGGACCCAGACAUGGGAGACAGGGCAGUAGUGCCUCGGACCCGUUCCCCUGCAGACUCACUUAGGUGGUAUGGAGGAGGAGGAUCAGCUGGUAGGUGUUCAUCACGAGAAGACAUCACUGGAGCAGCACAUGCUCGGUCACUGAGCAGGGCUUGUAACCAUGGUAACCCACCUUUGCCCCCACUGGAGAUACCAGGGAGGCAGAAAAGGACCUAUGAGAAAGUGGACACCUUGGAGAAGAGUAUCACUAGCCAGGCCAGCCUCUCUUCUCCGGAGACGCCGGGACCCCCUGCACAGGCAGGGACUCUAGAACUGCCAGCUCAGUUGGACAGCAGGAACAAAGGCAUGGUGGAUGGGCGAUCUGCUUCCCUCGGCCCCCACCGCCCUGUUACCCACGACAGCAGAGAGGGAGUUGAUGGGGGGGAAGGAAGGGCAGGAGGCUCUUCAUAUCAGCUCUCCUAUGCCACCCUACGGCAGCCCCAAUCUCCAGAAAUGGGCAUGGAAGAUUGGGCUAGCAAGCACCUGAACAUGCACACGCAAGGCCUGUUUCGCCGGCGCGUCUCCAUUGCCAAUAUGCUGUCAUGGAACCGCGGCUCCAUCAAGAAGCCUAUGCUGGUUACUAGCGACCGCGCAAUCCGCAAAGAGGCCUGCGAAAUGUUCAAGUUGGUACAGGCCUAUAUGGGAGACCGGCCCUCACGGCUGGACCGCCGCCACUGUGCCCUGCUCAUUGUCACCAAGUGCUGGGACAUGCCAGGGCUGAGAGACGAGCUAUAUGUGCAGCUGGUGAGGCAGACAACCGGCAAUACAAGCCCCAGGAGUUUGGCAGCUGGCUGGGAGCUGAUGGCUGUCAGCUUGGCCUUCUUUGCCCCCUCUCCCAAAUUUCGUUGCUACCUGGAGGGUUACAUCCAGAGGCAUACAGACCUGACCAGCGACAAGAAAUGUGAGUCUGAGACUGAGCAACAGGUGACUCAGUUCAUAUUGGAACAGCAGGAGCUGAAGAUGAAGAAGAAUUCAAAGUCCAGAAAAAAACGAAAACAGAACACAGAGGAAGAUGAAGGCCUACCUAUCAGUACUUACGCCAAGUUCUGCUGUCGGAAACUGCAGAAAGUGGCUAUUACUGGGGGAAAAAAGGGUCUUCGCAAGCCCACCUUGGAGGAGAUUGACCACAGCAGGCGGGCCAUUGUCACUCCCUCACUGUUUGGCAGUUCUCUGGAGGAGGUGAUGGAAAGGCAGAGUGAGCUCUUCCCAGAUAGGAAACUACCCUGGGUGCAGGUGCAGCUGUCCCAGUAUGUUUUAGCUUUGGGUGGGGCCCAAACAGAAGGCAUCUUCAGGGUGCCUGGAGAUAUUGAUGAAGUGAAUGCACUGAAGCUCCAAGUGGACCAGUGGAGGAUCCCUGAAAACCUCUCGGAUCCCAAUGUUCCUGCAUCUCUGAUGAAGCUGUGGUAUCGUGAGCUGGAGGAGCCUCUCAUUCCCAUGAACUUCUACAAACAGUGUAUCAGUAACUACGAUGACCCAGUGGCAGCCAUCGCUGUGGUGCAGUCUCUACCUGAACUUAACAGGCUUGUGCUCUGCUACUUCAUCCAUUUCUUGCAGGUGUUUGCUCAGCCCUCCAAUGUAGCUGUCACCAAGAUGGAUGUGAAUAACCUGGCAAUGGUGAUGGCCCCCAAUUGCCUCCGCUGCCAAUCUGAUGACCCGCGGGUUAUCUUCGAGAACACGCGCAAGGAGAUGUCCUUUUUGAGAAUGCUCAUUGUUCACCUGGACACCAGCUUCAUUGAGGGUGUGGUGUAGACUGUCUUAAUCACAGAGCUCACCCUGUCCACUCAAUUAGCCCUGGUAUUUGUGCAGCCAAACAUCUAUAAAGUAGUCCCCAAUCAAAUAUAAACACACUGUCUGUCAAAACCACACUGGAAAUAAUUUGGGUGGGUGAAUUCACCCAAUACAACGGAAAGAGAAAACCCAUGAAGACGGCUAAGUACCGUCUAACCACACUGUAUGCACUGUGCUGUGUAUGACACAGUAGCUUGGACAUUGAUCCCAUGUGCUAUCUCAUAUUCUUACUGUGGGAAAAUACACAUUACCUGAGGCUUCGUUGUUUUGAAAUACAGAACCUACAGCAGUGGGAUGCAAGAGCCAAUAAGACUCAAGUCACACUCUUGGAACCUGUUUUAAUGCAUUUCAUUUUACUGACUUUUUUUCUAACUGCAUGUGAAAACUGAUUAACUUUUCCAUAUCUUACUAAGUGGGUAGUGCCAGAAUUUUAUUGGUAAAAUAAUAUCAAGUUGACAAAAUGGACACUGGCACAAUCUAAGUUUAUAGGAUGAUAAUAACCAUGUCAGCCUUAUUUAUACCUACUAAAUAUAGCAAUAUUAGUGUUAGGCCUUUUUCCUGGACAACUGUCUAGUUUCACUCAAGUGUUUUGUGUGUGUGUGUGUGUGUGUGUUUGUGUGUGUGCGCGCGUAAAUCUGUGGAUGACAGCAUUCAUUCAUCAUGUACAUAAGUUAAAUAAUAUGUAGAGUAUGAGAAUUCUUGUAAUGUCUUCUUGGUUAAUAAGCUUGUCUGAAAGGAUUUUUGUAGGAGUUUCGAAAGUAACCCGUCACCGUCUCCUCGUAUGUUCAUUUUGCGAGACAAUAGCAGCAGCGCAAACCAUGACUACUUCGUUGUACUGUACACAGCCUGCAUUUCAAAGCACAACCUGUGAGGAUGUGCUUUUGAGAAAGCUGUUAAUGGUUGGUGGCGAGCGCAGAAGCAAGUAAAAUUGAGGUGCUUUGAUUUUUACAACUGAACAUAACACUGAACAGAAGCCAGUUGGAGUUGUAAUUACAAUCUAUGUGGUGUAUGUAGUGGUAAUAUGGGAGCUUGGUUAUUUAACUGGUAAUAGCUGUCCUCUCCUACCUGUAUGAAGUCUCGAACUUAGAUUGUGAUCUCUUCUUUAUGGUCUAUCCUUUUUUUUUUGUGUGGCUCAGGUCUUAGGAUAAAACGGGUUGUUGGAUGUGGUAACUGUUUUACACCCCCUCACCCCCACUGAAAUAUUUGUUUAUACUGCCAGAGGCUCACACACCAUGGAUGAUGUGUUGUUUAAAUGUCGAGCGCUUUUGGAAUAUAGAUGAGGCUUUUUUGUUUUCCCUCCGAAUGCCUGCCAAUGUUAAUAAGUUUUGCUUGUAAAUAAGUAAUAACUGUCUUCGAGUGUAUUCUAAUAAAGCAGGGUGAAGGUGAAUCUUUCCAUUGCUGAAAGGGGAUUAAGAUAUGUGUCAUUUUGUAAUUACAAAUUUUCCUGCUGUAACUGCCUGCCUUUUAAAAUAAGGGGACUGAUUUUAAACCACUAUACAUGUGCUACUAAACGUUGUGUCCAGAUGAACUGGUUCAACUUUCUGGGAUUUCCUUACCUGGAUUUUUGAGCAUGCAUCAAGACACUAUACAUGUGUGUGUACAUGUACGUUUGCAUACCCACUUGUUAUAGUAUGGAAUGGUUGUUGAUAAAUAAAGCUUUGUUCAGAUGUAAAUAGCCCAGCAUGUAUUUCUGACUUCUACUUUCUCAACAUGUGAACACAGGAAAAAAAAAAGUUGAUUGGCGCUUUCUCUAGUUCCCCUUUGUCCAAUGAAACUAGGCAAAUCCAUGUAGAUCAAGCCAAAUAACUUUAAAUGAAAUUCAGUGUUAAGAAAUACCAAAAAUG